AUGAUGAACCUUCGGUCGCUGCUCAACUCAAACGACGAUGGCACGGGCAAUCCGCCUCGAAACCGAUCUCCACCACCACCACCACCACAACAACAGCAACAGCAACAGCAGCAGCACUUGCCACAACAGGGCCCGCCGUCGACGCCGGUGCAGACAGGCCCGUCGCCGUUUCGCGAUUACAGCAACUCCAUACACUCCAUACACGCAUCGCCCGGAAGGGCAUUGUCUUCGCACGAAUACGCCGCCGCCAACCUGCACACGCCCUCGGCCGUCUACGCGUCACCCUCGGCGACACCCGGUGGCGGUGGCCCCGGACCCUACGGCGCUCGGCCGGUGCCACCACCACUGCAGACGCUCAACACCUCGGACCUGCACUCGCCCAGCAGCGCCAGCCUCUCGGGCCCUUCGCCCUAUCGCCAUACGCCCAGCAGCAGCUCGGUCAGCAGCGCGUAUCCCUUCCCACCCAGCCAGCCGCCGUCAGCUGUCAGCCCUGUGCAGCACCACCAACAGUAUCCGCCCGGCGCAAAUGCCUUUCCGCCGUCGUCGCGUGACUAUCCCCAGUCGGCGGGCCCGGUGGGCUUACCAGGCCCCCCAGGCACCAACGCGUACAUGCAGGGGGGCCAGCCACCGAUGCCACAAACCCCCCCUAUCGGUCCGUCCGGCGGUCAGCACGCCUACAUCCACCAGCGGUCGCAGUCCACUCAUUCCACUCCCACCCCGACCUCUGCCCAGAGCCAGCACCCUCCUCAUCCGCCACCCGCUGCACAACAGCAGCAAUUUGGCGCGCCCUACGGCCAGCCCAGCCCAGUCGUCGCCCAACGUCCCCCAUUGCCGCAACAGUAUCAGCAGCAGCCUCCCACGCCACUCGGACCGCCUUUGUCUGCCACACAACAAAGGGCGCCGUCCGCUGGGCCAGGCUACCCCCAGCAGCAGCAGCUACAACAACAACAACAACAACAACAACAACAACAACAACAACAACAACAACAACAACAUCAGCCACAUCAACAACAACCACCACAACAACAGCAUCAGCAACAGCAGCCAUUACCUGCGAGUCCGCUCCAGCAGCGCAUGUCGUCAGCGUCAUACCUCCCCUACCAGUCGCCUCAACCGACCAACCAACAUCUGCCCCCCCACGUAUCACCUCGAGUAUCACAUCCUUCCCCGGCCCCACAUCACAUGCCACUGGAUCGUCCGUCUUCGUUUGCAAGCCAAGCCACGUACGGCCAGAUCUCAGUCGACACGCGUCGCAGAUCGCUGUCGCACAGUGAUCGCGGACGCAGUGUUAGCGUCAGCCCCAAAACUCGUCCAAACGGUGUGCCCCCUGGGUACUUUGAAAGACGCGAACGACAGGCCAGCUUUGACGCAAGCCAGCCCCAGCUGCCGCAGCAGUCACGGCCAUCACCCCUUGCACAGCCGGCUCCGACACCAGCCCCGACCCCGGCACAUGCACCGACUCCCACACCUACACCCAUCCGAGCACAACCUCCGGCACACCCACUCGCAUUACCGGGACCGGCGCCCGCAUCGUCGGCAAUGGACGUGGACCGCCCCCACAACGGCCAGACGGGCAAGCGGAAGAUGGACGAGCGCGAUCUGAACCCGGACGAGCUGGAGAGGAAAGAUGUGCGGCGCAUGGCACCCUUUGAGAAGGGCUCCAACGGCGUUCCAUCACAUAACCAGACUACUACAGCACAAGCAACAGCCCCGAAAGCAGCAGCGGCUGUGCGAAAGGUGGCUAAGAAACAGCGGUACAAGCAGCUGCCGGUGUGGGCGCAGCGAUUUGACGGUGGCCGACUGCACGUGCCUAACUUUAUCGUGCACAAGCCGGGAAUGUCGCGCGCCAACGCUCACAGCAAGUCAGAGAACGCGUCGUCCAGCUCGCACGCCAGUCGCCACACGUCGCGGCACGCGUCUCCAGAAGCAUCACGGUCGUCGAUGACAGCAGCGCCCGAUCUGCCGGCUGCAGCAGCCGCAGCCGAACCAGCGGCAACAGCCCCGACGGCGGUUUACGACGCGCGACUCGGGCUGCUGGGUCCGUGGGAGGAGUCGAUCACGGGCGAGAAGCCGAACGAGGAGAUAUCGCAAAAAGUGGCCAACUUCCUCUUCUUCAACGUGGUGAACAACCCGAGCAUGGCCGAGAUUCAGGGACUGGGGGUGCAGUUUGAGAUCGAGGCGAAGCUGGGGACGCUGAUUAGCAAGGAUACGAACGAGCGGGUGGCGUUUCCAGUGGCGUCCGAGUGCCUGCUGCAGGACACAGGGCGGGUGACGUUUCGGAGCAGCAUGACGGAGGCGCAGCACCGGACGUACAACGAGUACCUCAACCAUCUGGUGCAGGAGACGAACGCCAGCCACCGGCCGAACAGCACGACGAGCACGGCGGUCAAGGCGCGCGUGCCGCUGGUGUACAAGCACCGGCGCGAGAUCGACCGGUUCUACGAGCUGCCGCUGGAACUGCAGGAGCGGCUGCCGGCCUGUGUGCGCAAUCUGCUGCCGCGGCGUCAUGGCGUGCGCGUGCGCAUCACGUACGACAAGGUGACGCAGCAGGUGCUGGCCAAGAUUGUCAAGGCCCGGAUCGGCGACCUCAACAUCUACUUUCCCGACUCACCGCUGGACUGCCGCCUCAGCGUCAACCUGGAGAUGGCCUGGGAGGGCCCGGUCGAGGAGGUCGAGCGGCUGGCGGCGGCCAGCGGUCGUGAGCGCCAGCCGGACCGCGAGAAAGAUCGGCUCAGCUACACCCACAGUCACUACCAGAUCGAUCUGACCCAGGUGACGUACAAGGUGCCGGGACCGAAUAAAAUGGAACGCGAGGAAAAGGAACACGAGCUCGAGGUCGAACUCGCUCCCCAGAUGGUCAUCGAACAAGGCCGACGGGCCGCCAACAUGGAACCCCAUGCCUACCGCGAGCUGGUCGACGGACUCCUCGAUAACAUCCGCAUCCUGACGCGGCCACUCAAGAAAAUAAAAUAA